UCCAUAGGUCUAGACAAUGGUACAAUCUCAGAGUUUAUUUUGUCAGAAGAUUAUAACAAGAUGACUCCUGUGAAAAACUAUCAAGCGCAUCAGAGCAGAGUGACGAUGAUCCUGUUUGUCCUAGAGCUGGAAUGGGUGCUGAGCACAGGACAGGACAAGCAGUUUGCCUGGCACUGCUCUGAGAGUGGGCAGCGCCUGGGAGGUUAUCGCACCAGCGCCGUGGCCUCCAGCCUGCAAUUUGAUGUCGAAACCCGCCAUGUCUUUAUUGGUGACCACUCGGGCCAAGUAACAAUUCUCAAACUGGAGCAAGAAAACUGCACCCUGGUCACAACAUUCAGAGGACACACAGGUGGGGUGACCGCUCUCUGUUGGGAUCCAGUGCAGCGGGUGCUAUUCUCUGGGAGUUCUGAUCACUCUGUCAUCAUGUGGGACAUCGGUGGGAGGAAAGGAACAGCCAUCGAGCUCCAAGGACACAAUGACAAAGUCCAGGCCCUCUCCUAUGCACAGCACACAAGGCAGCUGAUCUCCUGUGGUGGUGACGGUGGGAUUGUCGUCUGGAACAUGGAUGUGGAGAGGCAGGAGACCCCUGAAUGGCUGGACAGUGACUCCUGCCAGAAGUGUGAUCAGCCUUUCUUCUGGAACUUCAAGCAAAUGUGGGAUAGUAAGAAAAUUGGCCUAAGACAGCACCACUGCCGCAAGUGUGGGAAGGCUGUCUGUGGCAAGUGCAGCUCCAAGCGCUCCUCCAUCCCUCUGAUGGGCUUCGAGUUUGAAGUGAGGGUCUGUGACAGCUGCCAUGAGGCCAUCACAGAUGAAGAACGUGCACCGACAGCUACCUUCCAUGACAGCAAACAUAACAUUGUGCAUGUACAUUUUGAUGCAACCAGAGGAUGGUUACUGACUUCUGGAACUGACAAGGUUAUUAAGUUGUGGGAUAUGACCCCAGUAGUGUCUUGAUAACUCUCCAGGAACUAGAAAGAUAAUAUUUACUAAAGAAAUGGUUGAUCUUAUCCAAAUCAUUACUGGAGGAGUAGACAUGUGAGAAGUAAGAGAGAAACCACAGAUCCUAGAUGCAUUUGCCUAUUUCCUGCGCAGACAGUGAUGAAGGAACCCCCCAAAUGGGACUCUUUCAACUUGUUCAUACAGCAUAAAAGAAGAUAUUUUUUUAACAAAUGGUUUAUACAGUCUGGCUAUACUACAUUGUUUUGAGAAUACUGAAAAAAAUCACUGUGGGGUGUUUAAUUUUUAUAUUUCUCAAUACUCCAUUUUACUUGUUGCUUUGUGUGUGGGAGAAAAGAGGGAAGUAGCUGUUCGAGUAUUUUGGUCGUACGCAAGUAGUUGCCAUGUUUUCUUCACUUGAGCAGGCAUCACGUGGCCCGCAUCUUUUUCUUCACUUCUCACUGCAUCUACCUGCACCUUCUCUGUUUUUCACCAGAGCAUAGAAGGAAACUUCAGAAAAAUUCAUGGAGAAAUGAAAUUUAAGUAUCUAAGUUUAUUUUGGUGCAGAAACAGUUUUGAAAACUAUGCAUAGCUUUUUCAUUAUAUGCAUUUUCCGUGAACUUUUUGGAGACCCCCUUGUUUCUUCUUUCAUAUCCUCUGCAGUGGAGAGAUUUGCAAAACCAUUUGUGUAGCUUUAUUGCCUGAAGAGUCCGUUUAUGACCCGUUUAAAUCUGAUUCCUUUAUGUUCUUAUGGAGGAGAACUGACCUGGUGUUUCUGCUUGUUUCCUCUGUUUUUCCCACAUUAAAAAUGCUGUGAGAAAGCUGCUUCCAACCUUUGUCAUCACAGAAGUAGGUGAUUGUAACUCAGAGCUUCAACUGUCAGUGCCUGGAUUGUUUAGAAUUCAGUUGGAGCCUCCUGAGCCUUUUUAUUAUUUUUUGACACACUUCUCUCUCAUCAUAACAUUAAACACACACACGUUCCCCAAAAAAACCUACGUGCUUCAAAAAUUAAGUGUCUUUUAAGAUGUGUUUUUCUGUGUAACAUUGUUUUUGAACUUGAACAUGUUUGUUACUGCUAGAUUAUAAUCCUAUUUUAUUCCUUACUAUCUGUAUUUCUUCCCCGUUAAAAGUUAGAUAUUUAACAUGUUUAUCUUAAUGUAUUGCAUCAGAACAUUUUGCACACUUUCAUACUGAAACUAUGUGAUCUGGGACAUUAAGGUACAGUUCAUGCUGUGUUACUUCUUAGAAUGUAGAAGAGGACUUCCAAAAAUGAACCUGAAGAAAGCUCAUUUCUAAAGUAAUCCAAUCAAGCUUGAUAAAAUCAAGUAUUCUUGUGUGUGGUGACUCAACUCAAGACCUUAAAGUCCUAUAAAAAUCUUAUCUUCACCUGAUAAACUAGGAUUAAAAUUAGCGGUAAGCAUAUGCUAGGUGCCUGGCCCACUCGAAGCACUUUCCAGGUACCACUUCAUUCCAUCCUCACUUGUCAGGAACAUCAGGGAAUCAGUAAGUCUCUUGAGGAUUUCCAGGUGAAAUAGAGCCUUGUGGAUCAACAGGCCAAUCGCUUGCCCUUCCCUUACCAAGCCCUACCUGCAUAGUAUCUUACUGACUUCUGAUUUGACAGGUUGUUGAUGGUCAUAUUUGAGUGGAAUUGAAACAACCCCUUAGUAUUUUUCCCUGUUUCCUAGAAAGCAGUCUUUUCCACUCUUGAUCAUUCAUUACUCUGCUUCCUAACUCUGGGGGAAUACUACAGGCCCUCCUUGGAUACCACCCCUAAUACUGACCACGUGUGCUUCCUGGAGGUGAUUCUACUGCCCAUCGUUGUGAAGCAGGGCAGUGUGUGUGUCCCAUGCACCACAGUACAUGCCACAGGGGACAGACACACACACACUGGCACCACCUCCCUGAGACAUCAAACCAAAUCAGUCCAUGUGACCAGACUCUGAGGAUGCACAUACACAUGUGCACACUGGCACACAUGGGAGCCAUUACCACUUGGCACUCUCUGCUCCCUUCCACACCAACCUUUCUUGCCAUCAGUCUGAGCUAUUUUAACUAGUUUGAGCCUUUUCUGCAUGAUUGCUCUGUAAAAGAGCUUUAAAAAGGGAAUUAAAUUUAAAAUAUUCAAAUAUCUCUGUUGUAGUUUGUUACUAGAACCUGCAGGCAUUUUCCAAGUUGUACAUACUAGAGAAGUGUGUGUUAGAAUGAGUAAUGGAAUGAAUCACUUGGCUUUCCCUUCCUGACCCUCAGAGCUUGGCCUGUAUACAGAAAGGGAAAUGCAGUAUUAGGGAGGUACCUAGCAAGCCUUGAGUGGAUUCUAAGUGAGGUCUAGAAGAGUUCAGAUCACAUUCAAGAAGCCAGUCGUCCUCGUGAGAUCACACAUGUGCAUUACGGUCACUCUAGACUGUGACCCUGGGCUUCACUCCAGCUGUCCCCCUCUCAGCAUUGCUGUUGCCCAGCCACAGAGCCACCCACAGGUAGAAACCACUUGAACCUUCAUUGGAGUGAGGAUCAGGAUUGAAAAAUAUAGAUAACCCCAGGUGUCCAUUUCUCUGCCCUUUUCAUUCUCUUCAUCAGCAUGGGUGCUUGAAUUUGGUGAAGGGCUUUAGCAAAUUAACCAUGUGUAUUUGUAAGACUGUGAAUGAAGUGGCCACCAUUUUUUGUAUUCUUUGUAGAGAAAUCUGUGCUAGUGUUGGGUGUCUUCCAAGCAUUUUAUGGAAAUGGAGGCUUCAUUCAUUAGGAGUGAAAGCUGGCACCAGCAUUGGCUUUUCUCCUGUCUAGGUGAACUGUCACAUUCUUGUUUUGCCCCAUUGGAUUUGCACUUUACAUAUAUUUUUGCUCUCUUCCUUAAACAAACAGUAGCUCUGGCACAUAAUGCCUAAACGUGGCUAUGUUGGGAAAGUAGCAAAACUGCACAUAUCAUACACAGACUUGUUCUCUAUUUGGUUGGAUAAAACCAAUCGAGUGUUCUUGGUUCUUCCAAAGGAUGGACAUUACUACUGGAGCCUUUAAUUGCAUGGAGAUGUCUCCACAGUAGCAAAAAUAGUCCAAGAUUAGGUAGCUGGAAUCCUGUGUGAUUUUGUAUGAGGUCAAUAAACCAUAGCAUUUUUUUCAUUUGAUUGUUUGAAUUUUUUGAAGAAUCAUAAAAUCGCAAAACUGAAAGGGAUCUUCAGGGAUCUAGAAUGUGCCAAGGAGAAAAGAAUUUUAGUCCUACAAGACAGAUAUAGCAGAGAUAUAAACAAGAGAAUCUAAAAGAAUGUUCGAGCAGCUAGUAAUGGCUAGUAAGUGGGAAGAGAGACUUCUAACACCUUAAGAUAGGACACUCUCUGGACCCAAGUUUGUUGCUCUGAUGAUGAGCACAGUUGACACUUUGGGCCCCUGCCCUGUGGUUAUGAGUGGGUGGGUGCUGUAAGAGGAGGCAGUUCUGCACCUGCAUAAACUUCUUCCUGCCCUCUUCCCUGGAAACCACCUCAGUGACAAAACGUCAAUGGAAAUCCAGGGACACUGAAAAUGCACCUUCUCCCAUUUGUCUGAAGGCUGGCUGUGAGUCUCUGGGCUUCUACCACUUGCCCUACUUAUGGAAUAUCACUUUUUCAUCUCUCGAUGUUUUAAGUUUCUUCCUUUGUCAGAGAGAGACAAGCAUCCUCAAGAGAGUCUCAUACCGAAAUCCCACCUUCCUUCCCAGGAUCACCGGCAUGUGUGUGCCCAGAUUGUGCAGGUCAGCUCCAGAGCCAAGCCCUGAUUGUCCAUAUGUCUUCUAGCAGCGCAGAACAUUGCACGACUUAAAAGCAUGAUUUAGUUUUGCUCACCAGUCAAAUCUC